UGGAGAGGAAUUGUUGAUGAGGAAACUAAACUUAACAUUCCCAGAAACCAAAUCCAUCCGACGUGGAAGCAGUUCUCUCUUUCAGGAGGACAAAAAAAACCAUUGUGAAACUAAUAGUCCGACAGACAGAAACAACAACAAGGAAUGGCCUCUGCUAUCACUUCCUGGUCUGAGGAGAACUUUUCAUGUUCCAUCUGUCUGGAUGUGUUCAGCAGCCCAGUUUCCACACCAUGUGGACACAACUUCUGCAGAACCUGUGUUACAAAGUAUUGGGAUGAUAGAGUCUGGUACAAUUGUCCUGUUUGCAACGAGCUUUUUCAAACUAGACCCUUUCUACGAGUCAAUACCCUUUUAUCAGAGCUGGCCGCUCAGUUUAGAACAUCCGUACGAGUAGAAGAGCAGCCUUGUGUUGAACCAGCUGAAGUUCCCUGUGAUGUCUGUACUGGUACCCAACUGAAGGCCGUGAAGUCCUGCCUAGUGUGUCUUAUCUCUUUCUGCCAAACCCACCUGGAGCCACAUCAGAGAGUCGAAGUCCUGAAGAAACAUCGGCUGGUCGAGCCUAUGGACCGUCUGGAAGACAGGAUGUGUAAGAAACACGAACGACUUCUGGACCUCUUCUGCCAGACUGAACAGGUGUGUGUGUGUCAGUUCUGCACAGAGACCGACCACAAGUCCCAUCCUGUUGUAUCUCUAAAGGAGGAAUAUGAUGUGAAGACGGCCCAGCUGGGGAAGAUAGAGGCUGAAGUUCAGCAGAUGAUCCAGGAGAGACAAAAAAAUAUUCAGGAGAUUAAAGACGCAGUUAAACGCAGCAAAGCAGACGCAGACAGAGAGAUAGCCGAUGGUGUGCAGGUCAUCACUGCUCUGAUGCGCUGCAUUGAAAAGUGCCAGGAUGAUCUCAACAAAAUGGUUAAAGAGAGACUGAAAGACACAGAGAAACAAGCUGAAGACCUCAUCAAAGAGCUGGAGCAGGAGAUAGAAGAUCUGACCAAUAGAACCUCAGAGGUGAAGCAGCUCUCACACACUAAAGACCACCUCCACUUCCUCCAGGCCUUCAGAUCCCUGAAGGAUCCUCCACCCACCAGGGACUGGACGACAGUGGAGGUCCGUCCUCCGUCAUACGUAGGGACCUUGAGGAGAUCCCUGGAUCAGCUGGACAUGGAGAUGAAGAAGCUGCGUGAUGCUGAACUGAAGAGGGUCCAGAAGUAUGAAGUAGAUGUGACUCUGGAUCCUGAUACACCUAGUCCCAGUCUCAUCCUGUCUGAGGAUGGGAAACAAGUACAUGAUGGAGAUGUAAUGAAGAAACUCCCAGACUUCAUGGAGAUGAAUAAGCUACCUGACCUGAAAACAGGUGUAAAGAAGUAUGCCUGUGAACUCACUCUGGACCCGAACACAGCCCACAGACAUCUCUUUCUGUGUGAAGACAACAGAAAGGUGAUGCAGCUUGGAAUAACACAGAGGUAUCCUGACCACCCAGAAAGAUUUGACUACCGAAGACAGGUGUUGUGUAGAGAGGGUCUGACUGGCCGCUGUUAUUGGGAGGUAGAGUGGGAAGGCGAGGUGGAUAUAGGAGUGACGUACAGAGGAAUCACAAGGAGAGGAAGGGGGGACGACAGCUUAAUUGGACAGAACCACAUGUCCUGGUGUCUUCAUGGUGAGGAUGCUAAUGAUGUUGAUAAUGUUUACUCUUCCUGGUACAACGGUAAUGAAACAAUAUUGCCUUCCCCCCCCCCCGUUCACUUUAAGAGAAUAGGAGUGUAUCUGCACCAAUCUGCUGGCAUUCUGUCCUUCUACAGUGUGUCCCCAGAUGUGGGAGGCUCCUCAGGCAAACGGACACACAUCCACACCUUCCAUUCAACGUUCACUCACGACCUCUACCCUGGGUUUACGUUAUAUGAUUCUGAUUCCACAGUCACUCUGUGUCGGUUGUAGUCUCUCCCUCCCUCCCUCCCUCCCUCCCUCCCUUCCUCAUUUAGUGCAUGGCAGGAUUGUGUUCUCUACAGAUUGAGGGACUGUUGUAUAAUUUGUGUGAUGAUAAUCUAUAGUCAUGUUGUUGUUUUGGAGGGGGGGUCUUGUGGUCUUUGUGGCCAGCCAGCCGUCACUGGGCAGCAUUUAUAUUUGGUCAAAAUGACAGAGUUGACCAAAAUCACACCGAAACACCGUACAGUCUGUCCACAACAUGGUUCAAGUGAUAAUUGUAGACUAUUUUGGAAACAUAGAAAUAAAGUAGAAAGCCAGACGGGGGUUGAAGGAAAAGGGGUCUCCUCUGAGAUCUACAGGUUGAAGAGCAGGGAACUGAAUGAGGAAGAUGAAGGUGAAAAGAAAAUCUGCAUUCUAGUGAAUUCUUAUGAUAACCAUAUAAGGAGAUGGAACAAUCAAAAAAAUAUAUAUAAAUAUAUCCACAAAAAUCCAUUGACGUACAAUAGUUUUAUAUUCCUAUGUGUGUAGCUAUACCAUAUCAGCAUUGUAACCUGAUAGCAGGGCUGCUCUCUGCCUAUUCAUGGGAAUGACAUGCUUUUAUUUCUUGGUCAAGAUUUUGUAAAUAAUGUAAUUUAAAUGAAAGAAGAGUCUCUCUCUCUCUCUCUCUCUUGAAUUUGAAAGUGGUUUCCUCUGUUGCCUUUGCUUUUUUCUUAGCUUUUUUUUUCACAAUGAAAUUCUGAUGUAUUUUUUAACCGUGGGCUUUGAUUGACCUUCACUGUUCUUUAAAUAAACAAAAUCUGUGUGAUCAUCCCAUCUUUGUCCACUGGGAGGUACUUUAGAGUAGGAUUUAACUUUUGCUCAGGUGAGCGAUGCGACAUCCCCCCAGAGAGUGUAUUCCCUGUAACUUGACUGCAUUGUUUGGACACUAUUAAAUCCCUAUAUUGUCCCCUCGCUUAAGGUGAGGACCCAAGUGGGGCCACCAGCGGCAAACCAAAUAUAAGAGACAAGGAAGUGUUCUUGGUCCCCCUCGUGUGUACCCAAGGUGAGCUCUGUCUGUCUUCACUUCACUACCCUUUUCUUGGACUGAGUUGUUCCAAGAACAACUGACUUUUAUGGCCUCUUUCACAAGCACACAAUUUGGGUAGGCCUACCGUCAGUUAUAUCGCAAUUUAUUAAAGGGGACAUAUUAAGAAAACAACACUCUUCCUGAGAUUUGGGUUUUGGGUCUCUGGUGCCCCCUCACGCAUACAAACUUUGAAAAAAGUCUGUAGAUGAUUAUUUGAGUGAGAUAUGCAUUUCUGAAAGUACCCGGUCUACAGUUACCAAAAGAGUGAGUCCGUUUUGACGGCCCCCUCCUACGUAGGAAGGGGGCACAUUUGAAUAUUACCACCCACUUUCCCACCCCCCUCCAAGCAGAGCAUGGCUACGAUUUUGUGGACCAGCGGAUGAGCGCUGGGAGGAGGUGUUCACGCAUUUCAGAAGCAGGGAUAUUCCAUACAAUAUUAGAUGGCUAAUUUGUCAGUUUUCCAUGUGAUCGCCUGGCAUGAAGUCGGGCGGAGCUGCCAGACUGCCGCCAGAGCUCCCCCCCGCCAGAGCUGCCGGACUGCCGCCAGAGCUUCGGCGGCAGUCCUGCAGCUCCAGCGGGGGGAGCUAGCAUUAAAACUACAGACACCAGAAAAAGCGCAUUCUGAAGGGGCUGAAACAGAGGGGAAUAGCGGUAGGCAAACUGCCUCUAAUUUUUUUUUUUCUGAAACUCAUAUACUAUGUUUACUUGUUGGGAAAAAACACCUUAAUAUGCCUCCUUUAAUGUUAGAUUUAUUUUAUACAGCUCAGAAAUUUACCGUUGUUUCGAUUGUUCUCAGUCUCACGGGUGGCUUUGCAAGUUGUUUAAAGAUAGAUGCAAAUGACGGUAUCCGGUAAAUAGAGAGAGACCAAUACUGUGUCUGGGAAUGCAUGCUUAAUUGCGGCACAGACUAAAAGGACACCUUUGGGCCAAUGAUAGGCCACGUUUCAUAAAAGCCAGGCUACAUCACCAGCCUAGAUUAGGACAUUAAAGAAAUUGUGAAUAUCUUUUAAACAAGCCAACAGUACAGAAAUGUGCCAAACAACGGCAAGCAAUGGAAAUGGCCUGAGCAGCCAUGGAUGUAUUCAUAUUGACUUUGGGAAAAAGGGGGAAUAUUAGUUUAUUCUGGUCAGUAAUGACUUCCGGUCAGUAAUGAUCUUACUCACACUAACAAGAGGUCUAAAUAAUGAGUAGUAAAACCUCCUGUGUGUUCUCCCGUGUGUUUUUAUACGGAUCUACUGGUGUAUAACAUUUUAAGUCAGCCCCGUACAAUCCAGCCUCUAACGGACUGGCAGCAAUAUUCAACCAGUCACUUAACAUACUGUAUGGCCUGGGUAUAGGUAUUCACUACAAGGCUGCCUUCAUUUAACGUUGCUGCAAUUCUACAGGAUCACACCGUCAACCGAAAUGGGAAAAUCUCUGUCUAUCCUCUUCUCAAAAAUGUUAAUAAGCUGUGUCCGGAAUGAACUAAAUUGUAUGCACAGAUGCAAAAUAAAACAUUUUGACCUCAGCCAAAUAGGAAGGUGUUGGUUUGCAUUUCAGGGGAGAGGAUGAGAGCAUAGCAGGUGUUGAGUGCAUUUUUUUUUUUUAACUAAUUGUGAAACCAAUUACUUAAUACUUUUUCAAAUAUUUAAUUUAAAAUCUAUUAAUUGUAUUCUGCAAUCGGAGUCAAUGCGAUUCCCGUGAAUCGAUCCUUUUUUACCUUCAACCAUUAUUCAAAUAUUUAACAAAUCAUAAAAUGUUGACAUUUAUGCAUAUUGAAACCGAUUUCCGAUAUUUUUCACACUUGUUUGGAUUCCACAGUUUUAGUUUUGUUCCCACUUUGUAUAUUUCCCAUCGUCUCAUUGACCUCUUUUGAGCCCUUUAGAGCGUGUGACGCAGCAGGUACCUUGAAUUAGGCCCCAGUACCAAUGGUGCCUUUUUACGGCCCUUUACCCUGUAAUAAAACCCUGUAAUUCAGUUGUAAAAAAAAAAGUAAAACUUUCCUCAUUGUUAUUUAUUAAGCACAUUUUACACAGCACACAACAUAAAUAAUAUGGAUAGCAAUGCAGACAUGCUGGUGAUGCUCGACCCCAGCGCUGCCUUCGACACAAUGGACCACAGCAUUCUUCUUCCUCAUCUCGCACACGAUGUCAUCAAAGGUUCUGCUCCUCUCUGGAUUAGAUCUUAUCUCACAAAUUAUAA